UAGGAAAGAAUGCAGAUCAUAAUUGUUACCCAGUUUCCUAGCUUUGUUAUUCUUAGUUUUCCGAUCUUUCACCAGAUAAAUCCAAAAUUCAGUGUUCAAUUUACUGCAACUGCUUGGUGCAGUUACUCUUUUGUUGUUUCUGUAAAGGUUGAAAAACUCAAAAAUAUUAUUUCUUUGAAAUCUUACCAGUAUAUCUGUGUUUGGUGGAAGACUGCAAGUAGUGUUGAAGGAUUAAUAUUAUUGUCAAAUUAUCCUUUUCAAAAGCAAUUCUUUUCUUUCCCUGAACAUCAUGAGGAUAAAAUGGCUGUAGAAUCAUACUCAUUAGUCAUACCUGCACAUUCAUUCUUUGUAUGUGCGAAAUUUGGACCUGAGUUUGGGUGUUCAGGUUGUGUCUAUGACGACGUCAAAGAUGGUAAAAACAUGAUUGUUUUAAUUGGAUCUGUGGGUUAAACUUGAGAAAGAUAUGACCCUCUCUGCUGCUAUAAUGUGCUGUUCAUGGUUGGAAUGUGAUGGAAGUGAUUAUGGAGGCUCCAUGAGACCUACCAAUAGGGUGGCAAUAUAUGGCUGUAAACAGGCUGUUUUUGAUUCAGACCAGAGUUGAUGCAGAUUAAUCACAGAAGUGGGCUAACAGAAUUGAAAUGUGUUCUGAAUUUCGAAUUGAUGGAUUAUCAGGUAUGAAUUAUUUACUAGAGAACUUUCGAAAGAAUGACCUGAACUUUUGUAAACCAAUUUAAGUUUUUCUAAUAAACAUGAAAGAAGCUCUAUCAAAAUGAAUGCCAGCAUAAACAAUGUAAAAUUUUCUCAUAAACAUGAAGCUCAGGGGAGAAAGUACCUAUUAUUUUAGUUUAAACUUUCUUAUUCUAUAUUGUGAGAUUUUAGUUUCCCACUCCAUAUAUCUAUAAAAAUCCCCAAUAUACAUUUUACCCCUUUUGAUACGAUCAGGUGAGUAAGCUUGCUUGCAGAUAUCCAAUCACCCUCCUUCCAUGAGUGUCACAGUUGCUCUUCUUUAAUAGAAGAAGAGAAAAUAGUUGCCACUCGCUCACUGUACAAGUGCACAGCAUGCAUCUAGACUACUGGUGGAAAUGUGGUGUUUGUUUUAUGGAUUUUGACCAGUUUAGCAGGCUGUAAGUUCUGCAAUAUUCUGUGUCAUGAUAGAAGGAUGGAAUCUGUUUCUGGUAACUCUGUUUUACAUACAUUGGCCAUUGAGAAUGCAUUGUGGCAAAGUAAACAAUCGUUGUGUUGAGAAGAUAUUAGAAAGUGAUUCAUUUGAAUGAAGUUUGUGCUUGGGAGUAUGAACUAGAAUGUCUUUGUUCAUCUCCACCUUAUGGGGUGUAGAUGUUUUACCCUUUCAUUGUCUGUGCUUCUAUGUUUUCCUUAUUAGGUAAGCUCGGGAUGAAGGAGUGGGUUGAUCCCAGGCCUGCGGUUCAACAAAGCACUGGCCUUGGUAGUGUGAUGAAUCUGGCUUGUUGGUUUUUUCUAUGGCGUCCUUGCUGCAUAAAAUGACACCUGUUGGAUGGUUGGCCUCAAACUUGAACCAUCCUGGGUGUGAGCCUGAUACAUAGCAAACUUUGUGAUGAUAGCUUGCCCUCAUCCUCCUUCCUCCUGCCUUUCCUUUCACUGUGUAAGUUAUCCUAAAUUGCUAUUGCUCCUUUUGGUUAGAUCCAGGUCUAUGGUCUACUGGACCAUUCAUUGCAGUGUCCAGCAUCCACUCCCAAGGGAUGUGGAACUCCCUAUGUCUUUUGGAGACAUUAUUACGUCACUGUAUUGACAAACAUGCUGCUUUUGGAAGUGAUGCAUGGAUGAAGAGGUAGUCAUUAGCUAUCUAAAACAGUUGAGCUUAGUGUGGUAGAAUGAUUCUCAAUUUUCCUGAUCAUAAUCGUAUGGGCGUCUACAGUUACUGGAAAUCAAUGAAGGUUGGUUCUUUGAGUUGUGGAACUGGCGCUCUGCAGAUUUUUGCAGCAUUAGCAGAACUGGGCUUUGGAGUUGGCUUUGGUACCGUUGGCUGUUGUUCUGCUGUAGCUGAAAAAAUUCUGGGGAAAACCUAGGGGUGGGAAAAAGAUUACCUGGUGUGGAUUCCCCUGAAUUGAUAUGAAUUAUGAACUGUUGGUUUCUGCUGUUGCAAUGCUUUUGCAUCUUAGCUGCUGCUAUCUGGGCUCCGUAGCCCGUUUGCAUCUGAUGCCCUUGUUACUCUUAAAUAUAAGGAUGAGAAGGGAAUGGUCAUAAUCUUAUUGGAAUUGAAGAAAGGGUUCUCUUUCUCACCUUCCAUUUCCUCUUCCCUUGAAUGUCUGUGUACGGUCCUGGCUGUAGAGCCUUUUUCUCUGUUUUGAGAUUCUUCGGAUGACAUUCACAUACAUUGGAUUAAUCGUGUCAGGUUACAUAUGCAUGACUCCUCUAUAUGUUGUUUGUGCGAUUAAUCAAGGCAUGAACUAACCCUUGAUCUGUGGGAUUAGUUGGGUUACAUGUAUAUAUAUCCAAACACGACAACGAUAGUGCCCCCUCUAAACAGCUUCUCCUCCCAUGUUUUAAACCGAAAUGUAAAAAGCUACAAAGAACUCAGCGGUUCAAGAUUCUCUCCAGUGCGCCAGCUCCUCUAGUACUUAGUAGUCUGAUGUGCAUUGGAGGGGCUGGAGCACUAGAGAGAGGAUCUGGAUCUCAACUCAACAGCUUUAUUCCAAUUAAAUUUAGUUGGGUUUUAUGUAGCCUUUAUCGAAUCAGCUCUAUUCAAAAUCAUGUUUGUUUGUUUCCUUUGAUCGUGUGGUGAGGUUCACCAUGUGAUCCAAGGGUCAGAGAUCUCACGCCCCCUUGAGUGGCAUUGAUGGCACGUGCUGAAUGGAUUCUCGUUCAUCAUUGCCUGAGGGAAGCUCAGUCCUUUUUUAGUUUUUAAUGGUAAGAAACAACAUUUUUAAAAUCAUGCUAGUUACUGGGCCUAAAUCUCAUGUGUUUUUUCCUCGCUUCUCCUAAAAUCAUGUAGGCAUAUCCCUAGUUUCUUUAGCUUAUUGAAUCUUAAUCAAUUCGCUCCUUUAUGCUAACACAUUCAAAACCCUCUUUUGCAUAUGUACAUGUAUGAGAACUAUUUUUUAGUUAGCUCCAAUUUAUUUGUUUUCGUAUUUUAUCUUUUCGAUUUUACCACUGACCCACCUCAAUGUCCUCACUUAAAUUACACUAAGUUUUUUUAUAUGUUAUUUUAUUACGACCUAACAUCUGGCUCUCCACAUCAUUUUUUUUUUAAUCAGAAGUAUAUGAAAGGAAAUAAAAGGUUCACACCCAAUGAAAAGAACAAUAUAUUGCGAUUUUGGUUUUCGAAAAUGAAAUUUCAUUUGGUUCAGUUUGAUUUCGAUUUGAUUAAAAUCAUUGACUGGUCCAUGUAAAUCAAGGGAACCCAGAUUGAACUUAAACCACCCUACAAAUUAUGGGAGUAUGGGUUUCUUUUUGAAAUUGUGUAAAAAAGGUUGAAAGGAGGUAUCACAAUAGACGUUGUGGGAUUGCAUUUUCAUGAGAUUGUAAUUUUCCUUCCCUACUUUAUUUGUUUUAGCAGGUUAUUUCACUUACACCAAAUGAAUCGAAUUACCAAGAUCGUAUAGGACCGAAUGAAAUGGAAUAAAAUCAAAACCAAGUCGGUUUGAGGUUAUGAAAAUUAUGCAAUUUUGAUUCAAUUUCGGUAUGUAGAUAUUAUAUCCUUAAUUGAAUCAAAACUGAACCGUAAACUAGAACCAAACCAAUUGACCCUUAGCUGAAAACUCAAUCCCAUAUGUUAGAGAGAGAAAGAGAGAGUAUCAGGUGGUCUGGCCAGGUAAAGGACUAGCCGGUCCUGGACGGGCAGCUUAAGCCCAUAACCAAACAUUUCGUUAAUGCACUUGGUCUUGAAUCUGGCCGGAGCCGUAGCCGGGAACUCUGGAUUCUUCACUUGCUCUACAGUCUACUCUCGAAGUAGUCUCGAUUCGAGGAGAAACAUCACUAUUGUGGCGCUUGCAGCGCAAAAUAGUAAUUACAGCAUCAACAAUAAAAGGUAGGCAACCUCAUUUUCUUUCUUCUUGGAGAUAUACUCAGAGGAUACUCAGUAAGCAUUCAAGCUUUUGGAAGCAGAGUGAAAAUGGAGGUCGAUGGCGAGAAUACUUUGAAGGAAGAAAAGUCCGGGAAGAAUAUCGUGGUCAUAUUGAUAGGUGCUCCUGGUAGUGGCAAAUCCACCUUCUGCGAGAACGUCAUGAGUGCCGCUCGCCGCCCCUGGGUUCGAAUCUGUGAGGACACAAUUGGAAAGGGAAAAGCUGGAACAAAAGUCCAAUGCUUAAGUAGUGCAGCUGGGGCAUUGAAGGAUGGAAAAAGCGUAUUUAUUGAUAGAUGCAAUUUGGAAAAAGAACAGCGGGCUGAGUUUGUGAAACUUAGUGGACUGCACGUGGAUGUGCAUGCUGUUGUGCUUGAUCUUCCUGCUAAGCUAUGUAUUUCCCGUUCGGUGGCACGCAGCGGGCAUGAAGGAAAAUUGCAAGGUGGAAAAGCUGCCGCCGUGGUUAACCGAAUGCUGCAAAAGAAAGAAUUUACUAAGUUGUGUGAAGGGUUCUCCCGAAUUACAUUUUGUCAGAAUGAAAGUGAUGUUCAAGGUGCUGUUAAUACAUAUAGUGGUCUUGGUCCCUUAGAUACCCUUCCAUCUGGAUAUUUUGGCCAGGAAAACCGAGAUGCUAAAAUCCAACUUGGUAUAAUGAAAUUUUUCAAGAAAGUAGAUGCCACCGACACAGCUAUGCUUGACAAAAAUUGUUCACAGGUUUCUGUUUCUGAACAAGAAACCAAGGAAAAUGAUCCUUCCUGCAAGGAACCUGAAAAGGUUAUAUCAUCAGUAGGGAAUGUAGAUGAGAGGAAAACAGAGGAUCAAGUCUUGCUAGGGGGAUCUUCAGUUGGUUCUGUGUCUUCAAAUGGUGUUCCUACUCUAGCUUUUCCUUCUAUUUCAACAGCGGAUUUUCAAUUCAACCAAGAGAAGGCAUCUGAUAUCAUUGUCGAGAAAGUUGAAAUUUUUUUGAGUAAAGUUGGAAAUGUCAGGCUACUUCUUGUUGACUUGCGUGAAUCAAAGAUUUUGUCAUUGGUUAGAUCAAAAGCCAUGCAGAAGAAUGUAGACUCCAAAAGAUUCUCCACAUCUGUUGGAGAUAUAACUCAUCUUUAUACCAGAUGUGGUUUACACUGCAAUGUAAUUGCUAAUGCUGCAAACUGGCGACUGAAACCUGGUGGUGGAGGUGUGAAUGCAGCUAUAUACAGUGCUGCAGGUCCAGCCCUAGAAGCUGCAACUAAGGAACGAGCUGGAUCUCUUAGCCCUGGGAAAGCUGUGGUUGUUCCUCUUCCUUCAACUUCUCCCUUGUUUAAAGAAGAAGGUGUAACCCAUGUCAUACAUGUUCUUGGACCUAACAUGAAUCCUCAGAGACCGAACUGCCUCAAUAAUGACUAUGAUAAAGGCUGCCGCAUACUUGGUGAGGCAUACUCAUCACUUUUUGAAGGUUUUGCAUCUAUAGUGAGUAACCAAACCAAAUUCUGGAAGGGCGGUGAUGAAGGUUCUGGGUCAAGGUCUUCAGAGUUGCAUGACAAUUUGUCUGACAUAGACAUUACGAAUAAACGAGAAGGCAGGUAUGAUUCUGACAGUAGCAAGAGAUAUAAAGGGCCUGAAGAAUCUGGAAAACAACAUGUAAUAUCUGGAUCAAACAGAAAAGAAUCUUUGUCUUCUAUGUCUGAUUCUUUGGAGGGGAAGGUACAGCCAAAGAAUGAGAAGGUUGACAGUGGCAGGAAAAUGCUCUGGAGCUCAUGGGCUCAAGCUCUUUACCAUGUCGCCAUGCACCCUGAGAAACACAAAAAUGAUGUCUUAGAGAUAUCAGAUGAUAUUGUUGUGCUGAAUGACCUUUAUCCCAAGGCACAAAAGCACCUUCUGAUGUUAGCCAGAAUGGAUGGUCUUGAUAGUCUGGCAGAUGUAGGCACUGAACACCUUCAGUUAUUGAAGACAAUGCAUGCUAUGGGUCUGAAGUGGGCACAGAGGUUUUUAUCUGUUGAUGCUUCUUUGGUCUUUCGUCUUGGAUAUCAUUCGGUAUGUGCUAUUUGAUUUCAAAUUUGUUCCCCAUGUUUCUUCCUUUUUGCAGUCCAUGCAUGACAACUUCAUAAUGUGGCUCAUCUAAACUGUCUGACAAAAAUAUGGUGUUGGGACAUGAUUGGAUGGCAUGGUGUACAGACAUUUAUUUAGAUGUGCAUAUCAUAUUCAAGAUAAUGAAAAAAUACACAUCAUAUUGAGAUGUUAUCAUAGCAAUACUUGGGGAAUGCAGCAAUUUCAAGUAAAUAUGUGACAUAGUUAAAGAUUUGUAUAAUGGUGUGGUGACUAGUGUAAGGACUGUGGGGGGUCAAGGUAGUGAAUUCCCAAUUACAAUUGGUUAGAACAAGGAUCGGAUUUAAGCCCUUAUUUUUUUUGCACUUAUCAUAGAUUAUUCAACCGUAAACAUUCAAGAUCACAUUCCUUGGUGUAUGCUUUUUACAAAUGGUAUUUGAUGGUUGAGACAAGCAGCAGGGAUUAUUAUGGAGAUCAACCUUGAAAUUGAAGGUUUUAAGAUUAGUAGAAUGAAAAACAUGCAUGAAUAGAGCUGAUUGGAGGGUAAGGAUCCAUAUAGCCGACCCCAUUUAAUUGGGAUAAGACUGAGUUGUUGUCAUUGUUCUAGUGAUUUCAGCUCUCCAUAGUUUUUCCAACUGGCACCCGUAUUAGAAAAGGACAAAUUUUUGAUUGUCGAAAUUAUUUUAAAGGGCUACUUUGAUUCUUUUGAGUUGGUGUUCCAUGUUUAU